AUGGACGCUCACAAGAGGAAGAGGGCAAAGAAAGAAGUUCAAGUCGUUGCGAGCACGUUGAUUCCUCAGAGCCCGUCGGAUUUCGGCGGGUAUGAGAGCAAAGCAUCCAGAGCCGAGAAGAAGAAGAAGACAAGGAUGGACCAGAAGGGACUUGUUGUUGAGUUGGACAGGCUCCUACCCAAGAUCGAAAAGCCUCCUGAGCCCGCAAAAUGUGUCGGGGCAAGAGCUCUCGGCUCCACAGGACGAUCGCUGUUGAAUAUUCUUGAGGACGCAGCAAAGCUUGUGAGGGAGAUUCGGAUGAAGGAAGGGGGCAUGGAUACGCUGGAUGCAGCAUCUGAUGAUGAGGGCGAGGAGGGGAGGCAGAAUCGAGUCUUGCCGAUCACUGAUGGCAUACUGAAAGAAGGUUCGCCCGCAUGCGAGCUCAUGUCAGUGCUCAAAGAGCUAGCAGGCGUCCUGAGCAGCGAGAGUCUGCUGGUGUUCGAGGCAGACCUUGUCACUUGGAACAUCAGAUCGAUGGGUAGGGGAAUGCAGGAAUUCUUCAAGCUAGCGCCGUGGGGGUCGUGCGUCGGACAGAGCUUGCUGCACCUGGUACACGAUGACGACAAGCAUAUUCUACGCAACGUUUCGAUGAGGUCGAUGUCGGGAGGACAUGGCCUGUCAGUCGGGUUGGCAUUGUUUGUUGGAAAUUACCCGGAGACACCUUCACAUGAUGAAUUCCUCAACUUUGAACAAUCCAGCUUGACAGAAGGGAGCACUAUGAUGUUUGAUCAGGACUUCUUUGGGGUUUAUCGUCUCAACACUCGUAUGUCCACUUGCAACCCGGCAGAGGAAGACUUUCUAUUGGUCCAAACGCUCCAGGAGCGCAUUAGCGGCAAAUCCAUGAUGUCCUCCUUGAUGACCUCGAUCACCAGCAUGAUGAAGGAGUGUUGGGGGAGAUUUGUGCAGAGAGUUGUGAAGCAAGAUGAGGACGCUGCAAAGUUAGAUGGCUGCUAUGUAGAUGGUGACCGUGACCGUGACCGUGACCGUGACCGUGACCGUGAUGGUGAUAACGAGAUUGUUGAUUUUGUUGCUGUUGGAAAUCGUGAUACUGAAGAUGGGCAAGAUGAUGAAAUGAACGAGUACGAAGAGUAUGAGGAGGAUCUGAAGUGUCGACAGGCAUACCGUCUCAUACAUAUUCAUGUCAGUUAUGAUGAGAGCGAUGAAGGAAUUCCUCGGUUUCGAUUUCACUACCGCCUCAAGUUUCCACAGAUGCUCGGAGGGUUCGAGACGAGGUGGAGACUUUUCUCUGAAGUUCCUAUCGAUGGCACCGAGGAGCAGGAGCAGGAGCAGGAGAAGGAGAAGGAGGAGGUGAAGGGGCAGGAGGAGGUCAAGUUGGAGAAUGUUGGAAUUUUGAGUACUCACCCAGUCUUGAAUGUAGAGGCUUCGUCCUCCAAGAUCGAGGGGAUUGGUUAUCAGGUCUACCGGGACGGGGAUGGGACCAAGUAA